CGUGCAGACCCUGAAUUGGGACACAGCCAGUGGCUGCAGCCAGACCCUUCUCGUUUCUUGCCGCUGUUUUAAAAAUGGGCACUUUUUGAAGGACCCGUAUCAAAGUAUUGUGGAGAAGCGUCGUGUUAAAUCUAAUUGAUGAACGGCUUUUUGUCAGUUCUGACAAGGACAGCUGAGUGAUGUUGUUGGUGAGCUUGGAUUAAAUCAUCUCUAAACAAAGAACUUGUCCUCGUGGUGACUGACUUGGGGAGUGGAGGUCAGCGAGCCCAUUGUCUCUGCUGGUCCAACUCGAACUACAAAGCCAAGCUCGCCCCCUCCUGAGUCUGAGAGGAGAUCCAGAGAGAAAGAAGUGAAUGCAGGUCGAAACCUCAGCACAUGGAUGAUAUCAACCAAAAACAUCCAGCACCAGCAAGUAAAGAUGAGCCAGCGGCGAUCCCUGUGGAAAAGACUUUUCCUGCUAUGAAGCAGCCCAGAAGAUGCAAGAGCGCCAACAGGGAGGACAGAAGCUUGAGCUGUGAUCGGUGUGGGAAGACCUUUACUCAGAUUGGUAGCUUAAAAUCACAUCAGCUGAUCCACACUGGUGUGAAACCAUUCAGCUGUGAUCAGUGUGGAAAGUCUUUUACUCAGAUUGGUAACUUAAAAUCACAUCAGCUGAUCCAUACAGGUGUGAAACCAUUCAGAUGUGAUCAGUGUGGAAAGUGUUUUACUCAGAUUGGUAGCUUAAAAUCACAUCAGCUGAUCCACACCGGUGUGAAACCAUUCAGCUGUGAUCAGUGUGGAAAGUCUUUUACUCUGAAUUGUAACUUGAAAUCACAUAAGCUGAUCCACACCGGUGUGAAACCAUUCAGAUGUGAUCAUUGUGGGAAGACUUUUACUAGGAUUGGUAGCUUAAAAUCACAUCAGCUGAUCCACAGCAGUGUGAAACCAUUCAGCUGUGAUCAGUGUGGAAAGACCUUUACUCACAGACGCAGCUUAAAAAAACAUCAGCUAAUCCACACCGAUGUGAAACCAUUCAGCUGUGAUCAGUGUGGGAAGUCUUUUACUCAGAUUGGUAGCUUGAAAUCACAUCAACUGAUCCACACCGGUGUGAAACCAUUCAGCUGUGAUCAGUGUGGAAAGACCUUUACUCAUAGUUGGAACUUAAAACAACAUCAAGUCCUCCACACGAAAUUUAAAGCUUUCAACUGUGAUCUGUGUGGGAUGUCUUUUACUCAGAAUGGUAACUUGAAAUCACAUCAGCUGAUCCACACCGGUGUGAAACCAUUCAGCUGUGAUCAGUGUGGAAAGACCUUUACUCGUAGAUCAAGCUUAAAAGCACAUCAGGUCGUCCACACUGAAUUUAAAGCUUUCAACUGUGAUCAGUGUGGUGACUGUGGAAAGACUUUUCUUGAGAUUAAAAGGUUAAAAUCACAUCAGCUCGUCCACUCUGGUAUUAAACAAUUUGUAUGUGGUGACUGUGGAAAGGCUUUUACUCACAUGACUAGCUUAAAAUCACAUCAGCUCGUCCACUCUGGUAUUAAACAAUUUGUAUGUGGUCACUGUGGAAAGUCUUUCUUCCAUAACACAGAUCUAUUGAGGCAUCAAAAGACCCACAAAGUGUCCUCCUGUGAGAAAAGGGGCAGACCAAUGGGACAUUACCCUGACAGGGUUCAUUUGAACACAGUGGGAGAAACAGGGGGGAUCUGAACAAAAGUUCUUCUGGAUGCUGCGUCAAACUUAAAAAGCUUGAGAUCAGGCUUCACAGAAUUCAGCUUUAAUUUCCCGAGAAAGUCAGAGCUUCACUAUGUCUUUGUAGAUCUAGUGAAACCAUGAAAGGGUGCAAAAAGAGGCACUGUGGUACUGCAUGAUGAAGUCAGAAGUGACAGAGAAGUAAGUGAGCGUGGUUCAGGACAUGUAUGUGUAGCAGUGACUACCACACAUACUUGGGUUGAAGGUGGGGGGAGGAUUACAUCAAUUCUGAGCCCCUUCUUUCUUUUUCAAAGCGAGGGCAAUACUCAGGAAAGGAUGAUGACAAUAGAGCUGCAAGACAGGAUGGAAAGAAAAAGAGUUUAAGAGAAGAUCAUGAAUGUUGUGAAGCAAUCUUAGCUUAUGGAGUUAGUUAUCCCAAUACAAGUUUAGCAAGUUAAACUUCACUGGCUGUGUCCACAAACAGCAUAUAGAGCAAACAUUACUGCAUCGUCUGAUCACAAGAAAAGCAAAAUGUCAGAAGAGUUCACCUUCUGGGUCAAACUGUCAGACCUGUUACUGUUUAUUUGGCUGUUCAUCAUGAAGUAAUUAUCAGUGUCAGUGCUGUGCCACUUCUGUUGUAACUCACAUGAAAUGUGUUUUAAAUUGGCUCUAUUUUCUUACAAUGUUGUGUGAGUGAUAUUACAGAAAAAAAAGGUAAAUUCAUAAAUUUGUCAUUUUUUAAACAGGCAGUAUGUGGAAAACUACACAUGGGUAAGAAUAUAUUUAAUGUUUUCAGUGGUCUGUGUUUUCUUACAGGAUGUGAGUGUGUUUUGCUCCAUGAAGAGACAAACCUACAUUUUUUUAUGUUGCAGUAAAAAUAUUUUUAAUUUACGUCAUAAAUUUUACUCAUUUUAUCCAGGCAGUAUGUAAAAGAUUAACUGAACCCUAUGAAUAAUAAAAUGUAGAAAGAUGUGAUGUAAAGGUUUGUACCCCGACUGACUGACUUACUGACUUACCGACCGACCGACUGACUCAUCAUCUGAGUGUUCUGUGAA